GCCGCCAGGCAGGCGCCGCCUGGCCCCGCGCCCAUCCAGGCAUGCGUGCCAGCCCGCGGCCGAGGCCAGCGCCGCCAGCCAACGGCCGAUGGGCCGUGGCAAGGGCGGCGCCGGCAAGGGCAAGCGGAAGGGCGGCGGCGGCAAGGGCAAGCGGAAGGGCGGCGGCGGGCCCCCCCGCUCGGGUGCCAGCCGGGGGAGCUUCGCGGAGCGCAGGCCGACAUAUGCAGGUGCUCCGCCGCCCCUGCCGGACGACCCCUCCGCUCCGUUCCUGAAACCGGCGGCGCGGCCGCUGGUGCAGGUGCCGCUGGAGUUCUCGUCCCUGCGCCACUGGUGCGACGUCAUAGGGAACAACAUCCUGGCCGAGUUCUGGCACGUGUUCAAGGAGGCGCGCCCCUGCUUCAGCGGGCAGGGGUUCGCCGCCGGCGACGAGCUCAUCAUCGAGAACGCGCCCGCCGACGGCUUCACGCAGCACCUGCUGCUGAUCGACAGGCAGCCGCGCAUCGUCAGCUCGCAGCGGAUCCUCGGGGUCGGGCGCGUGGCCCUCAAGCUGCGCGGGGGUGGCGCGAGGUCGGGCCGCGUGCAGAGCGUCGGUUACAUCGGCAGCUACCUGGCCGAGUUUGCGGCCGCCCUCGAGCUGAGGAGCAUGCCGCCGCGCGAGCUGACUGGGCCUAUGCGCGCCAUACUGGAGCCCAAGGUGGAGCAGCCAGGCGAGUACGCACGUAGGCCGAUCAACGCGGCCUCGGUGCCAGUGAACCCGUCGCAGCGGGCGACCAUCGAGGGCCUGCGCCACGCGCUGGAGAAGAUCCAGGGGCCCCCCGGCACGGGAAAGUCCACCACCAUCUUCCACAUCCUGGACUCCAGGGUGCCUGUGGGGCAGAAGGUCCUGGUCACCUGCUCCCGGAACGUGGCGGUGGAGUCCAUCGCGCAGAAGCUGGAGGGCCUGGACGACUGGCCCCUGGUGGUCUUCGGGCCGCGGGACCGCGUCGGCCCGACCGCGCGGCAGCACCUGCUGGACACGCAGGUCGGUAGCCAGUUCGACGAGCGGCGCCUCUCCCACGUGACGCCCGUCGUCGCAGAGCGAGCACGGGAGCUGUCCGCUGCGAUCGCCGCCAGGGAGGCGCAGUGCGCAGGCAGGCGCUACGAGCCUCUGCUGCGCGCGUUCCUGCGCCGCCGGCACGCCGUCGCGUACGCCCUGCGGGACUUCUGCGACAGGCUGAGUUCGUACUGUCUAGCAGCCUCCGCAGCCCCCGACUGGUGCAAGCAGCGCGUCCAGGUGGGCAAGGAGGGCGUGCUGGGCCACGUGAAGGUGUUCCUGUGCACGAUCGCGUCCACGAGCCGGAUGCUGCGAGAGUGGGAGGAGGUCUCUGGAGAGGACCUGCGCGUGCACACAGUGGUCGUGGACGAGUGCGGGUGCACUCCAGAGUCGUCCACGGCCCUCCUCCUGCGGCUCCGGCCCGCAAACCUCAUCAUGGUCGGCGACCACAAGCAGUUGCCGCCCUGCUCCCUGGUGCCGCCGCAGGUCCUGGAGGGCACAUGGCACACGCGCUCCCUGCUGGAGCGCUGCGUGCUUGCGUCCGGGAAGGUGCACCAGCUGCGCGAGCAGUACCGGAUGCACCCUUCGAUCGGGAAUCUGGUGAGCAGCCUUUUCUACGCUGGGAGGCUGGUCACCCCGCUGGCGGUGGCGCAGGCGCGGAAGGCCCGGGAGCAGAGGCCGCUGGUGUGGCUGGACGUGCAGGGUCGAGAGGAGGCCCCCGAGCGCUCCUACAUGAAUUCGGCCGAGACCACCGCGUGCGCCAAGGUGUGCACGGCGCUGCGAGAGCGUGUGGGCGACAGCGCUACAAUAGCGCUGCUCACGUUCUACAGAGGCCAGCUGAACGAGCUGAUGCACGCGAUCCCAAGCGAUCUGGGCAUCGAGGUGCUCACAGUGGACGCAUGCCAGGGCAGCGAGUUCGACUACGUCGUGCUCAGCACAGUUCGCGCCAACCGCGAGGGGCGCCUCGGCUUCGUCAAAGACCAGCAGAGGAUCAACGUCGCGAUAUCCAGGUCGAAGCUGCAGCUCUUCGUGGUCGGGAGCCGCGCGACCCUCAGCAGCGAUGCGGACUGGAGCAAGGUCAGCAGCGCCUGCUCCCCAGCGCUCCCACAGGAGAUCAACCCCAAGAAAGCGCUCCACACAGCUGCCUCGUUCGUGUCCGUGUUCGACAUGCUGCAGCAGCAGAAGCAGCGCGAGGCCGCCCAGAAGGCCGCGGCGGCCCUCGAGGAGCAGGAGGGCCGCGGCACGGGCGGCGGCAAGGGCGGCAAGGGCGGCGGCAAGAGCGGCGGCAAGGGCGGCGGCAGGUCUGGCGGCUUCGGCGCCUCGGCGGACGAGCUCAUGGGCAUGCAGAACUCGUUCAGGAGCCGCACGGCCGUGGUGCGGAGGAACGACGGUUCCUACCGGUGCACGGGGGCGGCGGCCGCCAUAGGCGGCGGCUUCCGCAGGCGCGCCGACGUCGCGGAGCUGCAGGCGCGGCUGUCGCACCACCAGGCCUCGCUGGAGGCGUGCAUACCGCGCAACCAGCAGAACUACAGAGCCCCGAAGACGGAGCAGGACUUCGAGGAACAGUUCCCCGACGUGGGCCUCGGCGUCGCCCUGGGUGUCCCCGACGUGGGCAUCGGGGCGGGCGCCAGGGCGGGCCCGGGGCGGCUGCCCGCCGCGAGGGCCGGAGCCCUGCGCCCCUCCACGCGGAACGACGAGAAGAAGGCCCGGAAGACGGCGCUGAGGAGUGUGCCGCCCGCCGACGCCAGCAGCCAGCCCGGCAGCAGCAAGCCCUCCGCCGUUGGCGGGCAGCCGCCCUUCGAUGUUGGCCAGGCUGCCGAGGCGGUCGAGGAGGAGGACCAGUGGGCGGACGUGAGCGAGGUCAUGCUCUUCGAGAUGUUCCCGGACGACGCCGACGCGGUCGAGGACGCACUCCGCCGUUUCGCGGGCCUCUCGCACCAGGCCGCGCGCGCCCUGGAAGCCCUCCUCGCCAGGCCCUCGGCCAAGGGCAAGACCGUGCUAGACGCCGAGGACGACCUGGACUACGAUUGCGCGCCAGCGGACGGGAGCGGCGCGGAGGACGACGACGAGGCCCUCUGGGACGCCGGCGACGACGAGGCUGAGGGCGAGGAGUGGGCCUGGGCUCCGGACGGGUGCUGCGCGGGCUGCGGGGAGCCUGUGAAGAAGCCCGCCCAGCCCGCGCGCGCCCACGAGCCCACCAGGUUCUUCGAGGGCCUCUACGCGCAGCCCGCCCAGCCCGCCCGGCCGGCGCGCGCCAGAGAGCCCGCCUCGACGGGCUCGAGGUUCUUCGAGGGCCUCGACGGGCGGCCCAAGUGGGCCGAGGCCCCGACACGGCCGGAGGCGGGCGGCAAGGAACUCGUGGCCCUCGCGCCGAAGGAGGAGCGCGGGCUGGAGAGGCAGGAGGCGCGCGCGAUCGCCGCGGUGCAGAACCCCGCCGAGGCCGCGCGGGCCCGGGCGGCCGCGCGGGCCCAGGAGCCGCAGGCGGACCGCUGCCGCAGACUGCUGGCCUCCGUGGAGCCCGCCGUGGAGGCGGACGUGGUCGACUACAUCACCUCGCUGGUGGACGACGACCCAGAGGAGGCGCGCGAGGCGGCGCUGGAGAUCCUGGAAGGGCACGGCGUGCCGGAGGCAGCCCGCGAGGCGUUCUGGGAGGCCCUCGCGGCGGGCGCCUGA